AUGGUGGCCCUCAAACAGUUCUUACAACUGGGCUGCAUGUUAGUUGCAGUGAACGCCGACUGCAACAAGAAGCAACAGCCUGUGGUGGAUCUUGGCUAUGAGAUCUAUCAAGCGACUGGAGCCAACAGUUCCAACGCGGAAUCAAUCACCUGCGCCCAAGGAGCAGCUACCUGGCAGAUCCGCACCUCGCAGUACCUAAACAACUAUAUGAAGACUGGAAAUGUUCCGAAUGUCUCUUACAGUGACCUGUCCGCGAUCUCCUCCGGUGGAGUGGAGGACUGUCUGUUUUUAGAUGUUCAGGUGCCUCGCAAGAUACUUGAUAGCCCUGGAAAGGAUAGAAAACUCUCACCUGUUUUGGUUUGGAUUCAUGGCGGAGGCUUUACUUCCGGGUCCAAAAACAGUUUUGGAUCAUCCAAGGGCUUGAUUGACCGCAGCCAGGUCGAUGGCUCGGAUGGUGUUGUAUACGUUGCCCUUAACUACCGACUGGGUGCGUUCGGCUUCCUAUCUGGAUCCUCAUUUGAAGCUGAAGACGGUGUGCUCAACGCCGGGCUUUACGACCAGCGACUUGCCCUACAGUGGAUCCAGGAUAAUAUCUAUCGGUUCGGAGGAGACAAGAACCAAGUUACCGUUUUUGGAGAGUCUGCAGGCGGUGGUUCCAUCAUGCACCAUAUCACCGCCUAUGGUGGAGCGGCACCGGCCCUCUUCAAUCGGGCUGUGCCGCAGUCCCCCGCCUACUUCCCCUACCGGUCGCCGCAUAACCAGGAGAAGACUUUCAAGGACUUCCUCACCCAAGCAAACGUUACAUCUCUGGCCGAAGCCCGUCAACUCCCUUCCGAUGUUCUAGUUUUGGCGAAUUCGAACUCAAUCGGUGUCUCGCACCCGUACGCUUCGGCCGUCUACGGCCCUACACCUGACGGUAGCCUUGUCAAGGUAGACCCCAAGGUGCUACUCCGCCGUGGAGAGUACGACCAGUCCGUGAAUAUGCUGAUCUCUCACAACAAGGAUGAAGGUCUAGUGCUAGUGCCAACGGUGCAUACCAACAAGGAAUACGAGAAGCUAAUGAAGAACAUCCUUACUCGUGCAAAGCACUCUACCAUCGAUCAUAUCACUAAGACUCUCUACCCUCCCGUCUUCGACGGGUCCAAAGGAUACACCAACAACUACCAGAGAGCGGCUCUGACAGCAGGUGAUAUCUUUAUCAACUGCAACGCGGCUGCGUUAAAUUCCGCAUUCAAGAACGAUUCCCAUGCCUACUUCUUCAAUGUUUCUCCAAGUGUUCACGCACAGGACACCGGAUAUACCUUCUACACUCCGAACGAGAAGCCUUCAUCAUACAGUCUGAUUGACACUGGUGCCGUUAAUCAGACUGUUGCGUUUGCUGUGCAGGACUACAUUCUCUCCCUUGCCAAGCAUGGCAUCGUGAACAGCCCUGUCGAUGGUCUGAGCUCGAUUCCAGCGUUCGGCUCCCAGGCUAAGACUGUACGUCUGACCGCCGACAAUAUCACAAUCUCCCGUGACCCGGUAAUCAACCCACGAUGCCAAUGGUGGUCGCUUGAUUUGUUUGACUGA